UUUCUUUUUACUUUUUAUCUUUUGAUAUAUUUUGGUCAGCGGCUACUCUGCGGUGGCGAUUAUUCUCUGGCGCACGACAUCCAUUUACAUAUAAUCAGUCGCCCCAAGAAGUGCAGUGGUGCGGGUCCUUUGUCGCAAUUGCGGCAUCGAGGGGAAAAAAAAGUCGCUGUGAUCUGACGCAACCGACGAACGUUUAUGAUCUCAAUGUCGACGUUACCACAGCCAUCACGGCCUAGCACAAAUCCGCCGGCUGGAUCCUUACCUCCACUACCGGCUCCAAAAUCCAGAAAAAGCUUGCCCGUCUCUUCCGAUGUAUCGAGGGCUUCAUCUCCGUCUCAAACAACAAAGCUCCGCACGACUUCUAGCCCUAGGCCAGCGCUCACCAAAUCCCCGCUAUCUAAUUCAGCUUCCAAUAUCAGUACAUUCAGAUCAACCUCGAGUGGCCGAGUUCCUAGUAGUCCUGACAAAUCACUACGCAGGACAAUAAGCAUUGCAGCUUUCCCACAGCCACCAAAAGCAGGGAGCCGCCCUUCUACUGCAUCUUCGAUAUCAGGGAUUCAAAACGUUACCUCAUCCGGUAGUAUCAAGCUAAGAAAGGGUUCAAGAUUAAGCUCUGGAACUACCAGCAGUUACCGCAGUUCCAAAACUCCCUCUUUGUUAAAUGGUAGUGGUGAUGGGAAAUCUAUUCUUAACGCCGAGGGUCGAGAUCCGGACGCCUCGCCUUCUCAGAGCAGAAGCUCCUCUGCUCAGGGAUCGUAUUCCACCAGUGCAACUACGUUCGAAGACCCAGAGGACGGAACAGGUACCCCUAAGGCCGGAACCAAAACAAAGGAGACAAAAGGUAAUGUUAUUGUCAGUGUACGGGUCCGUCCCGAUGUAAGCUCGGAUGCCUCAAAGUCGAACGGGGAAUGGAUGGUCGAUGGGCGCAGAAGCUUGAUCGCAUAUAGGGGAAAGGAGGGGGGUGAUUAUUACUAUGAUAAUGUCUUCACAACUCAUGAACACAAUGCCAAAGUCUAUGAUUCUGCCGCGAAACGCCUCGUGAGGAGAGUGAUGGAAGGUUACCAUGGUACGGUAUUUGCCUAUGGCAUGACAGGAACGGGAAAGACUUUUUCCAUGCAAGGAACCGCGACUUCACCAGGAGUGAUACCACUAGCAAUAACGGAUAUUUUUUCUUUUAUCAGAGAGACCCCGCAUCGGGAGUUCUUGCUCCGUGUCAGCUACCUGGAAAUUUACAACGAGAAGAUCCACGAUCUGCUUUCAGCACCUGUUGCUAAUGGCGGGUCAGCACCUCAACAGCAGGAGGAAAUCAAAUUGCGGGAAGACAGCAAACGAGGUGUAUAUGCAACACCUCUGAAAGAAGAGAUCGUGCAGAGCCCAACCCAGCUUCUUCGUGUAAUCGCUAGAGGUGAUCAUGCAAGGAGGACUGGCAGUACACAAUUCAACGCUCGCAGUUCUCGGAGUCACGCAGUCGUUCAAAUCGUUGUGGAAAGCAGGGAAAGAGCACCUGCAAGCGUUUCUUCCCAGGAUAAACGCACAGCUAUCGUUCCAGGUGGAGUGAGAGUGUCGACCCUCAGCCUGAUAGAUCUGGCUGGCUCGGAACGUGCUGCUGAUGACAAGGAGCGACGUACUGAGGGAGCUCACAUUAACAAAAGCUUGCUGACACUUGGUACCAUUAUCUCGAAGCUGUCAGACAGUAAGGACAAAAAUGGUAACCAGACUGAUCGAGAGGGUAAACAUUUACCAUAUCGAGACAGCAAACUCACCAGGCUACUACAACCGGCUUUAUCAGGAAAUUCUCUCGUCAGCAUUCUCUGUACAAUUCAAUUAGGUGUCAGCGGAAGCUCGGCACCAAUCAACUCACACUCCGGAGAAACACUCAACACUUUAAAAUUCGCAGCCCGGGCUAAGAAUAGCAUUGUCAGUCAUGCUAAAAGGGCAGAAGAAGCACUUGGGAGCGGUGGUGGUGAUGCAGGCAGUCGGGUGCUUCUAGAACGCUACCGAGUGGAAAUACAGGCCCUUCGCAGCCAACUUGACAGCCAGACAAAGGCUCAAGCCGAGAAAGAGCUGAAGCUGGAAGAGCAGCAGCUCGAGAAGGAGGCGCAGACGCGUCACGAGGAACAAAUGCUGGAAAUGCAACUUGCUCGAACAGCUCUCAAGGAACGAAUAGAGCAUCUCAAUCGUCUUAUUUUAAGCUCAAAAUCCACUGGUGUCAACAGUCAAGGGAGCUUAAUCGCCCUUGGGCGGCUUUCAAGGAUGUCGGCCAACGAAUCUGGAACACGGUCGCUACGUUCUUCAGCUAGCCAAUCAACGCUAGGCGCGUAUGGUCAUUCUUCAAUACGACCUAUGUCCUUUGUCUCUAUAAACAGUAAUGACCCCUCGGUUAAUUUACAUUUCUCCAAUGGAUCAUUUGGGAAUGAAGAGGACGAGGAUAUCAUGGGCGAAUUUGCGGAUGGCAAAGCGAGCGUUCAAAGACAAAUUGCAGCGCUACAAGCUGAUCUUGGCGACAAGAACCGGUACAUCUCAACCUUGGAGAGACGUCUGCUGCAAGCAAGGCGAUCGAGUCACUCAAGAAUGUCUAUUGGCAUCAAGUCCGGGAAUAUCGCUGCUGAUAACCCGGACACGGCGGCUAUAGUCCGUGAGAAGGACAUGGAGAUUAAUGAGCUUCGUUCACAGCUGGAUGAUAAGGAUCGUAUGUUAGCUGCGCUUCGCUCUGCGGCUAGACAUCGAGACCUAGCCCAAGUGACUGCCGAUACAUAUUCACCAGAGUCAAGGGACAAGCUUGAUCAACAGGUCAACGCAACACAACGCAGUUCCUUGGCUAAUGAUGCCGGUCUAGGAUCAGCAUCAUUACAAAACGAUAAUGAGAAAGAGAAGAAAAGGAAAAGCAUGGAUGAAGUAUCGCGAAUGCUUGAUGAAAUGAUUCAGGAUCGUGUUGAAUGUGGCCAUUUGGUUAAAGGCUCUCGUGGAAGUGUUCGUGUUAGUGAAAGUCAGCAAGAGUCUGCAACAGUCACAGGUGUUCCUGGUCUAAAUCCAGCCCCUACAGUUCCAAAUGAGGCAAAAGAGAAUCCAUCUGGAUAAUGCAAAUAUGUUGCUAUUCUGAUGUAAGGACAUUUCUGAACAGGUGACGCGAACACAAUUUACUGUUGAUAAUACCCAUUUCUUGUUUUCUCUUGAAGUUUCUGAUACCCAUGUUGUCUUUUAUCCUUGUUCAUGUGACUUACAUGGUUUUUGGCAAUGUCGAGUAAUUAGGUAGUCUGCUAUAAAUUUUGAAUUAUCCGAUUUAUUCCCGCCACCAUACCAGUAUACCAUGUUUUCUGUUCUAAAUAACAUACAACCUUCAUAAGUGGAAUGGCUUUUGUUUAUGAUUGGUCUAUAAUAAUAAUUAAUCG